AUGAGCAAUUUAAAAAAACAAUUGAAUGAGAGAGUGGAAGAAAUAUUCAAAUUAAGAUGCCCAAGUGCUGAAUUCGUUGGUCACAUCAUAGAUUUAGAUGAAGCUAUUUAUUAUAUUCUAAAGUUAUAUCGAUCUCUGGGAGGAAAACUUAAAAAGAAAAUAUUUUUCAAAAUUUCUGUGGAUGGAUGUGAAAUUAACAAAGUGAAACAAGUAGCCGUUGCAUUAGUUCCUCUUAAUUUAAGAGAUGUGUUUCCUUCUCAAGCUGUAUCUUCUGUCUUUUAUAUUGGAUUAUUUCAAAUGUCUGAAACAAAAGAGAGUAUUAAGGAAACCAUUGGAACAUUGACAGACGAAAUCAAAGCUGUGUCACAAAACACAUAUUUUGAAAAAUCUGAGGUUCAUUUGUUCUAUGUUUCAGACAUGCACAACGUUGGAUUUACAUUUGAAUUUGAUAUUUGUCCAUACUGCAUGGCAAAAACUGUUGAAGAAUUUAGAGCACGCAAUCGAACAACCCUUGGAGGUUCCUUGCCAUUCAGUCCUAAAGAUUUAAUUAUGUGUGCUCUUCAUGUUAAACAGCGAUUAGUUGAAAAUACAAUUGCUUAUAUGGCUUCAAGUGGGCAAUACAAUAAUACCAUAUUGCAGAAUUUGCAAAAAUUAAAAGGAUUAGAGCAUUUUAAUUGGAGUUGA